AUGACUGAGCUCCAAGCUUCUUACGUGCAAAAUGCCUCCCAAACAGCCAUCUCCACCAGUCUACCAAGUGUGGCUCCAGUGCAGGACACUGCAUUGACUCAGACUUUGACUCAGCUGGUCAAGUCCAUUUGCCUUGGGAAUACAGUAGUGGUUGGCCUGGCUGUGAUUUUCCUCCUGGUUCUCUACAACUGUUCCAACCAGUUUUUCUCUGCCAUGGUGACUCUCCCGGUAGAGGACAUUUCCAUCUACGUCCGUAAAAAGAGACUCGCGCGGGACGCGCUGGCGUCCAAACGCGACGCAGAAAACGGUGGUGGUGUUGGUAGUGGUGGUGGUGGUGAUGAUGGUGAUGGUGGUGCGAGUGCUGUGUGA